AUGGAAGCUGAAGGUGAUAAAAAAUUCAAGGUUGAUCAAGCACCACCUCCUCCAUCAACAAAACAAGAACUUGAAAGUAGCACAUAUGAUAAUAUUUUGGAAACUGAUCAUUCUGUUAUAGCAAACAACCACAACCCUAUUACGUCGUUGUCAUUGUCGUCAUCGUCGUCAUCCCAAAACCCUUUCUUAGUUCAGAGUGAUGCAACCACUAACAAUAUUACAAAUAACAUGGAUAACAAUAGUUCAAACACAAGUGUUUCUAAUCCUCUAGAUGAAACACACUCUUCACCACCUACACGUGAAUCAUCACAACAGAAUUUAUUACAUGAAAAAACCAAUACAAAUAGUAAUGACUCUGAUGGAAGUACAACUAUAACUACACCUUCUCCAACUUUUGAAUUACCAAAUCAUGAACACAACCACACUUCUACAGGAGCAACCAAUAAUGAAAAUCCAAAUUUAGGGUUGGCCUCUCAUGUAUCUAGAGAAUCAAGUGAUGUAGGUUCUGUAGCAGGAGGACACCAUUCACCAUCUAUUUCAUCUGGCCAAACCCUAGAACAUGGCAUGAACAAAGGACCGGAGAUACAAACCCCUCAAGUACAAGUGAUGGAGCGUCCGAAUGAAACCACCGCCACUUCCCCGUAUGUUUUUCCAUCUCAUGUGUUUGCUAGAAACAGCACAAAUGUGCCGGUAGAAUGGAGCACUGCAUCUAAUGAAUCUUUGUUUAGCAUUUACAUGGGUAACAUGAGCUUCUCUAGUGAAUUAGCCUGCUUUAAAUCUUGUGAAAUGGAUAAGCCAGGUGAUGCAAUCACGGGUGAUCAACAACCGAAUGCUUCUUCGCCAAAUAAUCAACCUCCAACACCGGUGAACAAAUUCAAUGAUAUAAGCCAGAGAACUGCUGAGUUGCAUGAAGAAGGUUUGAAGGUAACAGAAGCAAAAGCUGCUGAAACGAUGAGAGAAGUCAUAAUGGAAAAUUCUCGAACCACGGAGAAUAUGCAAGAUAAAAGAUCUAGUUCUCUACAUCCUUCAGAUAGUAGCACCAAAUCUUAUGCAUUUCAAACAUCAAAAGAGAGAGAUAAAAAUGUUUCAUCCAAGGGUGCUGGAGAAAAGCAAACACAACAGAAGAAGUCAGAGGAAAAUGAAACAACAAAAGAAGUUAAUGAGGAAGCAAAGUCAAACACAAAUGAAGCUCCAACUCCAAAUAAAUGGCUAGGUUGUUUCUCAUGUUGUACAUCCUGUCAUUAG